AUGUCAGAAGACGCCGAGCGAAAAGCCAAAGCAGAUCGAGCCAAAAAGCUUCUUGCUCAAAGACAGAAAAAGAAGAAAGCAGAAGCUGCUGGAGCUUCACCUGCUGCCACUCCCGGAUCACCCGCCUCUACUUUGGCCGAUCACGCUAAUGUACCUUCAGCAAGGACCAGUCUGAGCUUGGAUGAUACUGCCAGAACGGAAGUAUUGGGAGAUGUAAAGCCGGGGGAUAACGAUGUUAAGGCUGAGAGGGAUAAAUCGACGGAAGAAGGGAAGGACGGAAAGGUGAGACCCGAGGACGGUGAUCAGGAUAAGGUGGAUAAGGUGAAUCAGGAAGAAGAGAAACCUGCAGCCGAGCAAGAACCAUCCGAAGAGAAAGGCAGUAAAAAGAAGAAAAGGAAAGCGAAGAAAUCGAAAGAUCAGGCUCAAGAGGAGGAGGAGGAUCAGGAGGAAAAGAAAGCAGAAGAGGACGAAGAAGAUACCCCCUCUGCUGCCCAACCUACACCUGAAGGCUCAACAAAUGCUAUACAGCCCGAAAUUACAUCAACCCGACCUACCGAAACAUCACCAGCGCCAGCUGCUCAGACAGGAACUCUACCACCCAAAUCACCUACCGACCCCACCUCCGAACUGCGCGAAACGAUCUCUCUCCUCAUUCUCGAGCGAUCAGAUCUGCAAAACCAGCUCGCGUCCCUUCAGACGCAGCUGACAGCUGCCAAGGGAGACUCCCAACUAUUAGCAGAAGGCAGGACGCUGAUAUCCAAGUUGGAGGAAGAGAAGUCCUCCUUGGAGUCGAGAGUUGGUGAAAUGCAGGUGGAAGUGGGGAAAGUAUCAUCGUUAGAAGAGGAGUUGCAGCGGAUUAGUAAAGAGGUAGACGGUUUGAGGAAUGAGAGAGAUGAGCUGAGUCAAGAAAAGAAUAGAUUGGAAAGUGAAAUGAAAGAUUUAAGCGAAAAGGAAAAAGACAGGAUAGAGGAGUUGGAAAAAUCUCUGGAGAGGGAGAGAGCAAGGGAAAGUGGGUUGGAGAAUGAAGUGGGAAGAUUAAGACAGAGUAACUCUGAACUCACCACGAAUCUUGAGAAGAACACCAAUGACCUCGAAAGACUGAAAUCAAGUUCAACAUUAUCCAAUAAGGAAUUAGAAGAUCUGAGAUCCGCUCAUAAGAUAUUGGAAGAGCAGCAUCACAGUCUAUCAUCAGAACAUGACACUUUGAAAUCGACACAUGACGAACUAUCGACCACACAUCAAACCCUACAAAGCACUCAUGGAGAUACAUCCAAAACAAUCAAAACUCUCGAAGAGUCUCUAUCAUCUAUGAAGAGUGAGUUGGAGUCGACGAAAAGUAAAUUAACGACAGCGACUAAGAAAGGAGAAACCAGCGAGAAGAAGAAAUUUGCAUUACAAAAAGAGAAUGACGAGUUGGUGAGGCAAUUACAGGAAGUAAGGGAUAAAGUGGUAGAAGCGAUGGAGGAGAAGGCUACGAUGGCGUCUGCGGUGGAAAGUUGGGAGACGAAAAGUAAGAAUUGGGAAAAGAACAAGUCGGAGUUGGAAGCUAGAGUGGAAGAAGGCAAGGAAUUACACGAUCAAGUAACAUCACUUGCAGAGGAGAACAGAUCUAAAGAUGAGAAAAUUGUUGAAUUAGAAAGUAAAUUGAGCGAAAUACAGACCGAAUCCAAGGGUUUACAAGAUAGUUUAGCGGAACGUGAUCAAACGAUAGCUAAGAAUGAACUAUCAAUAUCGGAGAAAGACAAGAUAGUUGAAAAGCAGACGGGUACAAUCGAAUUCAAUGAAUCGACAUUAGAGAAAGCUCAAUCGGAUAUCAAGAGAUUGGAAGGCGAAGUGGAAUCAUUGAAAGAGGAACUCAAGAGCACCAAGAAUUCGUUGGAGACUUCGCAAAGCCAGAAAGUCGAAUCAUCUUCGACCAACAAUGUAGAACAAGGAGAUACAACGUCCUCAGCAUCAGUAUCGAGGGAAUUAGAAAUAUCAUCAUUAACGUCUAAAAUACGUCAAUUGGAAAAUCAAUUAUACGAUUCAGAAAAUGAUAAACAUAAUUUACAAAAGAAUUUAACGGAUUUGAAUUUAGAUUAUCAGAAGAUUAAAAAAGAAUAUGAUAAUCUAUCGACAUCUAGUCCAAGAGGUAAAGGAGGAUAUUUCUUAUCGCCGAAAGAUGAAUAUCCAUCUUCACCUAGACGAAUACCUUCUUCUUCCGGGAACGCAGGACCCUCGGCGGUAGAUGCAAUUUUACCUGCUAGUGUAAGACAUAAAAGACAGGUAUCGUUGAAUGCUUUAAAAGCAAGGAUGGAUUAUCAGAUCGUUCAAACCCCAAGCAAGUUAUCGACAUUUAAUGAAGAUUCACAAGAGAAUGAUAUUGAUGGAGUACAGCAGAAGCAAACUCAAAAGCAGAUAAGAAAGAAACAUCAACAAUUUGGGGAUGAGAUUAUGUUCUGUUGUCCUGCUUGCGAAGGUGAUUUGAUCACUCUAUAA